AUGUACAACAUGACUUCAAACGAAAACACCAACAACAAUAUCUACAACGACAGUUACCUCAUCAACAACAGCAGCAUCAGCAGCAUCAACAGCAGCGACAACAGCAGCGACAACAGCAGCGACAACAGCAGCAACACAACUUUUUGCUCUGCCACUACGAUAAAAAACAUUUAUUGGCCGGCCACGCUAUCCUCAACAUACGCUAAUGUCUCGUGCGCCGUAAUUGAGCACAUCCAGCUGGAUCAAGUUAACAACAAACAGCCUGCACAAGAGGAGAACUUGCAUUUUCAACAUCUCAGUUUGACAGGGCAAAUAAUAUUUGCACUGUCGUGUUCUCCUGACCGAUCAUCCAAAUUAAUGAUGUGGAAGUCCAUUGAAAGCUGA